UCCCCAUGCCGGAUCAAAAUACGCUCUUCGCUUCUGUCUGCAAGAAUUGAUUAUUCUUCUUCUUCCAUUUUCCUCCGUAGUUGUUCCUCUCAUCCUCCACAGCUAGCCCCCCAUCCUCUCUACGUCCCGUAGAAAUCUUGUUGCUUUGGCUCUCUAAACGGAAUGAUGGAAGCGUCGAGCGAGGUGGAAUGCCUCCAUCCUCUCCAGAUUGAUGAGAUAUACGAAUUUUCUGCUCCUAGGUUCUUCGAUUUCAUUGUCGGUGAGACAGAAGAGGAGAUCCGUGCAGCCCAGCAGUGGUUUGAAGUGACCCGUAGCUAUGCGCCUUCACCAUUCAUGUUGCGAAUCAAGACAAGCAGGAAGGUGGAUAUGGAUAGCACUUGCAAUUUCCAAGAAACGGAGGAGUUACUUCCGGCAAAGAUGGCUACAGAGACCAGAGAAGCAAAUCUGCCAAAAAGUGAUUCUAGGAUUCCAGAAGAGAAGCUUACCGAGUCAGAAACUGUAGGUAAAGUUGGUGAUGGACGACGUGCUGAAACAAGAGAGAACCAGUUGGCUGCAUCUGAAUCUUCCGCCCAACCUGGUCGCAUUCUUCAGAACGCAGAUAGUUCUACCAUCGAGAAAUCAGCUACGAAGAAACCAAUUAAACCAACUGACGAAAUUGGUGCGGGGACUCCCAAAGCACAAAUUAUGUCUUCCAAAAAUGGGCACGUUCAUAGCUGCAAGAAUCCAACAGCCAAAAUGAAACUACAAAAGCCCUCUACUGCAACGAAGUUAACUAAACAAACACCAAUGUCACAAGCAAGAACUACCAAGGGGAGCGCUUUGAGAUUGCCUGCUAGUGCACUUAAGAAUUCAGCAAAUAUUGACAUCAAACAAGAAAAUCAAGCGAUCAAGAGGCAAAAGCUUGAUGGGGGAAGAUCAAGACAGAUUCUUAAUGUCAAAGAACGGGUUUUGCAUCAUAAGUCUGAAGCUGUGGCUUCAAAAGAAAAAGCAGCAAACGGGCAAGCAACUAGAACCUGCAGGGAAAAGAGAUACGAGUUAACCGUCAAAAAGGAAAUAAAUCCUUUUGUUUCAGCAGCAGAAUUGGUGAAUAAAUUCCAUUCAAGAACGAGAGAACUGGAAAUCUCACAGCACAGAUCCCUCUCACAUGAUGAUGCUGCGUCCAUGACCCAUCGCAAGCCUCCAUUAGCAUUGACACAACCAAAGGAACCCGAAUUCUUGACAGCUCGACGGGUUCGGCCUGUAAAAGUAAAGAGUUCUGCUGAACUGGAAGAAGAAAUGCUUGCAAACAUUCCCAAGUUCAAAGCAAGACCAGUAAACAAGAAGAUCCUGGAAGCCCGUAGUCUGCCGGUCCCAUCCAGAAGCAUCCCUCAGCCACCGGAGUUCCAUGAGUUCCAUCUGAAAACAAUGGAAAGAGCUUCUCAGCAUGCUGGGACAUCUUAUAUGGAAAUUUCACAGAAAGGGAAGAGCAAGCCUGAGAACACGGCAGCCUAUGGGCUAACUGUACCCAAAUCACCACACCUGGAAACAUCAACACGUUCACGCCCCCAGACCAUCAAAAGUUCGGAAGAACUGGAGCAGGAAGAGCUAGCGAAUAUGCCUAAGUUCAAAGCGAGGCCGCUGAACAAGAAGAUACUCGUGAGCAAAGGAGAACUUGGAGUUUUCCGUAAUCAGAAGCACCAAGCUACCAUACCACAGGAGUUCCACUUUGCAACCGAUGAAAGAAUACCUGCCGUGCAUCCCGUGGUUGACCUCUUUGACAAGCUAUCUAUAAACUCAGACUGUCGCGACAAAGAAAUUCCACGAAUCACGAUACCGAAUCCUUUCAAUCUUCAGACCGAGGAGAGAGGUUUGGAGAAAGAAAAGAGAUUCUUGGCAGAAGUUUUGCAUGAACAGUUGGAGGAGCAAAAGGCCAGGGUUCCUAAAGCUAGUCCAUAUCCAUAUUCCACAGACUACCCAGUGAUACCACCAAAGCCUCAACCAAAAGAGUGUACAAAGCCAGAGGCAUUUCAACUAGUGAGCCUCAUCAGGCACGAGGAAGAGAUGCAGAGGUUGAUGCAGGAAAAGGAAAGAAUGGAAAAAGAGGUGGCAGAGAUGAGAAAAUUCAAGGCACAACCAAUUUUGGACAGCGACCCAAUUCCAGUUCCUGAGAAGAGAAGGAUUCCUCUUACCCAAGUUCAGGAAUUUGCACUCCAUGUGGAUCACCGAUCUGUAGACAGAGCUGAAUUUGAUAAGAAGGUAAAGGAAAAGGAGGCCAUAUACAAAAGAUACAGGGAAGAAUAUGAAGCCGCUAAAGCGAUGGAAGAGGAGAAAGCAACAAAGCAAAUGAGAAGGAUGAUGGUGCCUCAUGCGAGACCUGUACCGAGCUUCGCAAAUCCGUUUGUUCCGGAAAGGUCAUCGAAAGAAAUUACAAAACCGAAAUCGCCAUGCCUACUUAUAGCCCAAAGGAAACAAAGGGCCGCAGCUUCUGGUUUUGCGCAUAUGCGAUGACCUCCAUCAAAAAGAAAACUUGUCGCCAUAUGUAGCCCCACUGUACCCUUCAAGAAAGCUUGAACGCCCGUGAAAACUAACUGUGUGCCAUAAAUCUAUCUGUAGUCUGUAUGCAUAACGUAUAUAGCAUAUGAUGUAUUAUUCUUGAUUUUUUGGAACUUUGAGUUCAAUUAAUGGGAGAUACCAGUUACCACCCUCGAA